CCGGCGGCUGGUCUGUGGGCGGAGCUUUCGCGGGCGGGCGGCCCGGCAGGGCGUGUUCUGGCGGCGAAGAGGGGCGUGGCGGGACGGCCGCCGGCUGCGGCUGCGUAGGCUGGGGCGGCACGGACCGUAAGCAGGUGGUGCCACUUUGGCCUUGAACAUGCCAUCCGCUUAAGCGUACAAGUGUUGUUUCCAGAAGAAAUCGUUUUACAGUCUCACCAGGUGACAGGGAAUUGGAACCAUGCACAAGAUGCGAAAAAUGACGGACUGCCCACCACCAAGGGAUAAAUCUGGCAGAAGACGUGCAGCACUGUCUCCUGGAAACUACAAAUUGUGGAUGGGAAAUUAACAGAAGACCUACAGAAACAGAGAGAUCACCCAGCAUCUUUAUGACAGUAUAGAAUUCUACAUUCAGGAGAGUGGCCAGGGCCUGCGGUCAGGAGCCCCACACGAUGGGCUCACAGACUUCGGCAAUAAGGCUUGCCAGGUGUGAGACGCCACAGGAGGAUAGAGAAGCAUGUCGGCCCCGGAGAGUUCUCCGCUACAGUGACCUCCUGUGCUUGCUGAGAUUUCGGAGCCUCGUCGUUGCCAUUUUCCCACCUGAUCACAUGACAUGCCCAGAGUGUGUGCGAACCUCAUAAGACAAACUGAAAAGUCCUACUCUGCAGAUAAUGAGUAAAAGUGUUGUCUGAAGACACAGAUACGUCAAGACAGGAGGCCGACCGAAUUCCGCCUUGACCCUGAAAUUUGUGAUGAUUUGAGGAGAUAAUACACAUGUCACGUCUGAGUAAAGGUGAGACAGGUUAUUUUGGCUGAUGUAGAGGUUGGAAUGAAGACAUGAAAAACAAUUCCUUCAGAGAAGGAGGCUGGACUAAAAAAAGAAACUGCUGUACAAGCGAAUCAAUGUGUGAAUGGCAGGACCUGUUCAAAGAUUUUGGAGUAAGGGUAGAGGAGUAUCAUGGCCAAGAUCACUGUGUUGGUGACUGAAUUCGUCCUCUGGGGAGUUUCAGACACCCAGGAGCAGCCAGUCCUGCAGGUGAUGCCAUUGUACUCAUCUAUCUGACAGCCCUGGCUGCAGCCUCCUCGCUGUUCUUACCGCCUUGGACCUGCACCUCCAAAGAAGGGCCAGAUGUGAAUUCACCACCCACGGUGUGGCUGCCCCUCCACCGUCUGAGACCCUGCGUGGCUUCCUGCUGCCUUCGGGCUUACAGAGUCCUCCACACAUUUCCUGUGGUCUCCUUCUCUAGGGUUUAUGACUAACUGAUCAGCUAGACUGUGAAUCACAGGAGACACAAUCUCCUUUGUUUACUACAGUAUCCGCAGAGCUGAGAACACUGCACAGAACUCUCCAUGAAUAAAGAUUUGGUGUGUGAAUCAAUGAGAAACUGACAACGGAGUGAAGGAACAAUAAGCACGGGCAGUGAUCAGAUGAAGGACGCUGUGAUCCUUUUAUUAACUGGAGUUCACCAUAGUUUUCAGCCAUGUCUACAAUUUAUGGUUAAUUUUUACAUGAGACAGAUCGGUUUUAAGAUUAUCUUGAAAAUGCCCAAUUACAUCAAGCAUCUUUGAAUUGCUGUAUUUGGUAAUGUGAAUUUCUUGAAUCAAUUGUCUUAUACUUGUACCAUAUUUUAAAUAAAUGAAGCCAAGUCUGAGUGAAGGAUUGUCUCUAGGGCCCAGGUGCUCUGCAAUUGUAAUUAAACUCCCCUAAACCAAGCACCAAUUGCCAAAUGCCCUCUCAUCUUCAUGCCACGGGGACCCAGCUUUGGAAUUGCUCUUCACCAAGAAGAAAUAGCCAGGAGAGAAGAACCUGCAAAUCCAUCCCACUAAAAACUGUUUGAUAUUAGUUACAUUAUUAAUUUAAUAAUGCAUAUACAGACAUUUUUAAAUUACUCAUUUUAUCUUUUGUGAUUUUCAUUAACCCCGUACAUUUGUUCUUAUGCCUCCAGGUCAAACUCAACACCAUGGAUGAAGACAACAGGACCUUGUCCAGUGACUUCACCCUCACGGGGCUCUUCACUCACAGCAAAGCCUCAGGAUUCCUUUCUGGUGCCAUCUGUGCUGUUUUCUUCAUGGCCAUGACAGCUAAUGGGGUCACCAUCUUCCUGGUCCACGCAGACCCUCACCUCCACACCCCCAUGUACUUCCUCCUCAGCCACCUCUCCUUCAUCGACGUGAUGUACAGCUCCACCAUCGUGCCCAAGAUGCUGGUUGAUUAUUUUGUGGACAAGGGGAUCAUCUCCUUCGUUGCCUGUACAGCCCAGUGCUUUCUCUACAUGGGCUUUGUGGGGGCUGAAUUCUUCCUGCUGGGGCUCAUGGCCUACGACCGCUACGUGGCCGUCUGCCACCCCCUCCGCUAUCCUGUCCUCAUGAGCCAGCGGGUCUGCUGGAUGAUCUUGGCCAGCUCCUGGCUUGGUGGUGAUUUGGACAGUUUCCUCCUCACCCCCAUCACCAUGAGUCUCCCGUUCUGCGCCUCGCACGAGAUCAAUCACUUUUUCUGUGAGGCACCCACCAUGCUGAGGCUGGCCUGUGGUGACAAAGCCGCCUAUGAAACGGUGAUGUACAUGUGUUGUGUCAUGAUGCUGCUGAUCCCCUUCUCUGUGGUGAUGGCGUCCUACACCCGGAUUCUCAUCACAGUGCAGCAGAUCAAGUCGGCAGAAGGGAGGAGGAAGGCCUUCACCACCUUCUCAUCACAUGUGAUCGUGGUGACUCUGUUCUAUGGGGCUGCCUUGUACAUGUACAUGUUUCCCAGAUCCUACCACACCCCGAUCAAAGACAAGGUCUUCUCUGCCUUUUACACCAUCCUCACCCCCCUGUUAAACCCUCUCAUCUACAGUCUGAGGAACAGGGACGUGAUGGAGGCCUGUGACAUGACAAGAAAAGAAUUCUGACAGGCUAAAACCUCCAUGUCUGUCUGGGGGUAUAUGGGAUUCCACCAAGGAUAAUAUAGACAAUAUUGGCAGCAACUGCCAAUGCCAGUUGCUUUGAAUGGUCUAUCAAGGGGACCUCCAUCAAAAAUGUGAAGCCACUGUAACAUUCACACACAAAUUAUAACAGAGUUCCAUAAACACCUCUAAUGUGUACUCCUUCUUUGUUUCUACUGAUUCCAAUUGUGCUGUCAUACCACUUAUCUGAUUACAAUUCAAGUUUAUUAAUGCCCCCCAAAUCUCUGGUUAAUAUUGUACACUCUGUCCAUCUUCAAUGGCCUCAUAAGAACUGGUGAUUUUGACUACAUUCUUUAAACUAUCCAUAGAUAGAGUUUAUGGAAGGUUUAGAGAUACCAACAUUUGAAAGUCAUUUGAAGGAGAAUAAAUUGUCAUAAAACUUUAAAAGGGAUAUCUAUGUAUAUUCACACAGGAUUUAAAAAAUCCAGGUAUCUCUUCUUUGAGUUACAAUGAAAACAUUCCUCCUUUAUCUAAAUUUGGUGCUGGCAAAAAUUAAUCAUGUAUUUUGCAGAUAUGCCAAGACUAAACCUCUGUGGGGGAAGGAUACUAUGAUGUUACCUUUUUUUUAAUGUGGCAAAUAAUUGUUACAGUGCAAGACACAGUGAAAGGUAGUUGAGAAAGAAGUACCCCAUUAACUAGCAAUGUCUGUAAUCAAUUUUCAGCUUUUUCUCCAAUUCUUUAGGAUUGUUAGACUUCUGAAAUCUCUCUGUAGAUGUUAGUGGUGGUAAAGCUAUUUCUAUCAGUCUUUUUCUUCCAAAGAAACAGCAAACAGCACAUUUUUCCUUCUUUCAGCUCUGUAUUUUACAAUGGACAUAACAAAAUGGGAAGGAAAUAAUCAACUUUUCAUUUGAAAGUUAGAGCUGGAAAACCCUUUGUUAAGGACUUAAUUUUUUUUAAGGAAGCUGAGACCUAGAGAAGUAUGUUUGGCUUAAAUCAUAGAACUCAGUUGUAAAAACCAGGACUAUAUCCCAGAUACCCUGGGUCACCUCUGCAUGCUGCUAUCCCCGGCUUUGUGCUCUCACCAGCUGGACAAAACCCCAGCCAGGUUCAGUGAUAUUUCACUGCUCACAGAUGCCAGAGAUGAUGGGUGAAUGAAACAGCCAUGUCUCCACAUGGCUGGGUGUUACAUCAAAUAAAUGUUUAGCCAAAUGGAACAGCCCACCUUGGAAAACUAUGGGUUGGGCUGACUGGUUAAUUGAGAAGGGAGACCUGAUCCUGCUUAACUGAGCAGAGUUAUCAAUUAUAAAACAGGGGUAGUUUUCCUGAGGCCUCUAACUGGAGGCUCUCAUCUUCAAUACUGUCAAACUGGUUAGGAAAAUACCAUGUGCCAGAUGAUGGGAAUAAGCCUUUGCAACCCAGAAGAUGUUGAGUACAAGAAAUACAAUAAAUUAGAAGAGAAAGAGGGAACUGAUGCAUGAACUGGGCAUCAAUUUCAGCUCCUCCACAUGUGGACUCCUGUCAGUCAUGUGAUGUUACUGAGACCCAGUUUCCUCUUCUGUAAAAUUUGAGUUAAUAUAAACUUUUUCCUUGUAUGAUUUUAGUAAUCAAGUAAAAUCACAAAUUCAAUAAAACUGUACAAGUACUAGUCAUUAUUUUAGCUAUUCUUAACCAGAGUGAUUACAUUUCAUAUUCAUUUCCAAAAAUAUUUCCCAUUUUUCUUUUCGUAUCUAUCCCUCAUAUACCUUGUUAUCACAGCUUUAGGGAUUGAAAGUAGAUCUUUAUAGGAAAUUAGAAAAAAUAAUGCACUC